AUGAGGAAAGGUGAAUUUGGCCUUUUCAUCAUCAAUACUUUCCCGGAGUCCUCUACACUUCUGGCUAACUUACACUUCAAUGGGUCACUGAACAGAAACAGGGCCCAACAGAAACACGAUGUGACUGUUACUGCGACCCCAGGCUUUUUUUCUCCAGGCACCUGCAGCCUCUCUACUGGCUGUCAACUGUCGCCGCUGGGUGACGCCAUAACCUUUGGGUUUGAAGUCAGCGCGUGCCGUGGGUGGUUACCUAGCGACGGGUCGACAACGCUAAGCCGUCGGACGCCAAGUCUGGCGGCCGCCAGACGGUCAGCCAUGGAGAAUGAGAGGGGCUCUCUCACUCCGCGGGACUUGGAAAACCAGAAAAAGGAAGUACAGUUGCGGGUAUUCCCGCCUGAAAUGAAGUUUCUAGACACAGUGGUCGGUAAAGUGUACCGCCUACCCAUAACUGUGCACAAUCUCGGCCGUUGGAGCCAGAGGAUCCGAUUUCAGGAGCCUGUCAAGCCACAGUUCAAACUGCUUGUGAGCACUCUGGACAGAGCCCUGGCGUCAGGCCUUCAAAUGACAGCUAUAGUAGAAUAUCAUCCCGAUAAGAACGAAAACGUCCAUGACCAACUAUAUAUUACAAUAGGAAAUAAGACACUAGAAAUUCCUAUGUUUGGUUUGAUUCCAGUGUGUAAAUUGGACAUUGAACCCGAAGUUGAUUUUGGUACGGUGGUUGCCAACAGUAAAGUAUAUUGUAAAGAGAUUACUAUCGUUAACCAUGGCAAAGCUCCAGGUACAUUUAAUACAGAAUACCAGGGCCAAUUACCCAUCCUCAUUUCUCCAACGGAGGGCACGGUUGGACCUGAAUCAUCAAUGGUUAUUAAAGUGGAUUUCUGCGCAGACCAGCCUAGAAUUGUCAAUGAAAAGGCGAAUGUGACUUUGCAAGGUCGCCCUGAUAUGCUCUUGACCAUCAAGGGGCACGUGGUCGAGCAGAUAAUUGAAUUAUUAAGCAAGACCAGUGACAAGAAGUUGGAAUGCGUAGACUUUGGUUCUGUUUUUUUUGGAACAUCAAAAAUUGCACAUGCUCUUCUACACAAUUAUAGCCCAGAACCUAUGAAUUGGGUUGCCAUAAUGCAAGACGAUUCCGUGGGACAAGAAUUGGGCACGGACAUUCAUCAAAGAACAGACAUCGCUUUAAAUAAUCUUACCCACGUGCGCAAAAUAAAGACCAUAGAUAGUACAUCUUUUAUCUCCUGUGUUCCUAAUGAAGGAUCUUUACAACCUUAUGAAAAAUUGUUGAUCACAUUUUGCUUUAGUCCAAAGCUGAUAGCUGAUGUUAAAAAGAAGAUCAACCCUUCUCACAGGCAAGAUUACGCCGUCUUUUUGAGAUUUGAAACUGUCGGAAGUAAAGACAGAUUUUCAAGGGACGAUAAUUAUAAAACUACCAAAAGUGAUCGAUUUAAAAAAGUGGAAUUAGCACUGACAGGCUCAGGAAUUCCUGUCUUAUUACAAUUUGAACCAGGGAAGAUCCUUAAUUUUUCACCUUGUAUUAUGGGAGAACAUUCAGAGCUUGCAUGUAUCAUAAAAAAUCAGUCUAAAUCUCUUCCCGUGACGUACAAUUUCAAAAAAUCUGCACAUUUUAAAACUGAUCCCGAAAAAGGAAAAAUUGAUGAAGGAUGUAUUCAGAAUGUGGUGUGCUCAUUUAUUCCACAUCAAAUUGGAGUCUUUAAAGUGAGACAAGUAAUAGAGAUUCUUGGGCUUGUGGCAGAUGAAAAUAGGCAAUCUGCAUCAAUGAAACCAUUUUAUCAUGUAUAUUUAGAAUUCAACAGCAUCUGCAAACCAUCUAUAAAAAAUAAUAGGAUGAGAAUUACUCCAGGUAUGCUAUUGUGUACGGGACAGUUUGUAAUAAAAGAUUUGGAAAUAUACAAAGAAUCUGCACCUAUAGCUAUGCUUCAAUCAAAUAAGACAUCCCUUCAUACUCAUCAGUCAAAUCAAUGGUCAAGAAAAGAUGAGCUGAUAGCCCUACCCAAUGACCGUGAUGCAAGUAUCCGGCCUGGAGACCAUCGUAAACAUUUCAGGACAAUUUUCACCAAAACUCCAAGAUAUAACUAUGUGGAUCCUGAUUAUGCAUAUAAUGUUCUUGAAAAAAUGAGAAAUGAAAUACAUCAAAACUACUAUACAAUGUAUAUUAAACAUUUAAGAAGUGUGCGCCUCAAGCAAGAAGCAGAAAGGGAAAGUAUGUGUCCAUAUAAUGAUAUAGACAUAGGUUUACAGCCAGCAUCAGGGUUAAAGUCACCCUCACCCUCAGAAACGGAAAUAGAAGAGGAUCUAUCUUCACCAGAGGGUCUGACACAAGCUAAUCAAUUGCUAAGCACUAGCCACAUAACAUCCAAAGAGAAAGAGUCCUUAAGAAGAAGGGUUCACAAAGAACUUAAAUCUGAACCAUCAACACCUGAAGAAAAAGAUGAUUGUAGCACCAUUUUGUCACCAAAGCAAAUUCAUCAAGUCAUUGUUGGGCCUUCAGUCCUUAACUUUGGUAAUAUAUGUGUCAACUCGGCAAGUGAUCAUCCACUACAUAUCGUUAACAUGCUACCUAUACAUAUAUUGAUCCAGUUAGAUGUUGAUUUAGAGGAACUUCAAAAGACCAAGCAAUUUUCAUAUGUUAUUCCACCGACAUCCAACACAUAUAUUUCAAUAAUAUUUGAAUCUACCACCGUUGGAAAAUUUUGGAAGUCUUUCACUUUUACAGUAAAUAAUGUACCUGGUGGACACAUACUUGUAAUGGCCGUUGUCCGACCAGUAAAACUUGAGCUAUCUUCUGAUCAACUAAUAUUGAGACCACAAGGUUUCCUGAUGAAAACAUGUUUUCAGGGGACAAUUAGAUUGUAUAAUCGUCAGAAUUGUUCUGCCAAAUUUGAGUGGCAACCAGUAAAUACUGGAAGAGGGAUUGCAUUUUCCAUUCGUCCAGCUAACGGGACUGUGGAAGCAUAUUCGUCUCUGGAAUGUGAAGUCAAAUGGCAACCAAGUUUUAAUGCUCCAGAGAAGGGAGAAUUUAUUCUUCACGUCCUUGAAGGAAACACAUUGACACUAAAAUGUGUUGCCCAUCUUGGUCACACCAAGGUUACAUUUUUAGAGCCACGGAUACUCUUCAGUAACUCCCCUCAAGGUUUAACAACAUGGAGAAAAGCUAUUCUGCACAACGUAGGACAAAACCAUGCUUAUUUCCAGGUCUGUGACCAGAAUCUUUUGCCUAACAUUAAUAUUACACCAUCACAAGGAGUAAUUCCUUUAGGGGGGAUAACUGUUCUCAAUAUCUCCUGCACACCUACGGUAGCAGAAAAAUUUGAUACAAGAGCAAAGGUUGCUAUUCGUCGUGCAAACGUCAUAGAUCUUAGAAUCGGUGGCUCUGUUGAGAUCGCUGACAUUGAAAUUAAUCCGGAUGUAUUUCAUUUUAGUGGCAUCUAUGUCGGUGCUACCCAUACCAUUCCAUUUGUGAUAAAAAACAAAGGCAUAACACGUGCCAAAGUAGGAUUUAAUCUAGAAGACUUUCCAGAUUUUUCAAUGGAUUUUAAAGGCAAAUCAGGGAAAUUCACAGACCCUGCAGUUCCUUACAUACAUUCUUUGGAAAUAGGGGAAAAUAUGUCUGUGGAGUGUGGCCUGGUCUUUUCCCCCAAAGAAGUGGCAACAUUCGAUUUUACUAUUCAAGUUCAAAUUAAUUUAUUUGAUGCGUCCCAACUCUAUACUGAAUAUUUGUCUUCUUUGACUCCAAGAACAACACCACUUAUUCGACCAUGUUGUGUUCAAGCUAUAGCACUACGAGCACCAUUGCUAUUAUCCAGCCAUGAGUUUGAAUUUGAGAUACCGUUACAUGAGAUGGAGCCUAAAAGUAAGACGGGAAAAAAUGAGAUUCUUGCGAUGGAAAAUAUUUCAAAGCACGAGGUGCAGUGGACUUUAGAUUUUAAGAGCACGAGCCGACUAUUCAAAGAAGGAAUAUUCAGGUUUAGUGCACUAGAUGGGACUCUGAAACCACGAGAGAAGUGUACCGUUUCUAUAAUUUUCUGUCCAAAUUAUCCAAAAAAGUACACCAUCAAUAUCCCCAUACGUUUAAAUGACAAUCCAGUUUGCUACCGAAAGUUACGUCUGAUUGGCGAGGUAAAGUCACCCAAGUUACUUUUUGACCCUCCGAUUAUAUUUUUCACUCCUGUUCCCCUCAAUGUGACGAUUGUCGUGGAUAUCAACAUCUUACCUCAAAAUUAUUUCAGAAGUUGUGGUCUACAUGUUCAAAUCCCUACAGCAAGGCUUCUCAACGGUGAUGAAAUUUACCCUUUUUCUAUGAAGUUCCCAAAAGGCAGAAUUAUCACAGGCUCUCACAACGGAAUUAAUGAUAUGAUCCCUUGCCAAUUAAGCUUUAGAUCAUCUAAACCUGUGUCAUUUUUCACCAAUCUUCUUUUUUGUGAUGAUAGAAGUAACUGGUUUUCACUUCCAGUUACUGCAACGGCAGAAAACUGUCUUCUUACCAUUUACCCAUAUAUGGCAAUUCAUCUGGAUAACUACAAAAUUACUUUAAAGAAUGAUAAAGAUGAAAGUCCUGUGAAGACAAGAGACGUUUUGCUGUCCCACCAGGAUGCUCGAUCACCAUCACCUCAUUCAACUAAAAAGCCAUCCACCUCUACUAAAUUUUGUGACCUUGACCCUGCAAGGGGAAACUUAUAUGUUGGAAUGGAAAUAACAUCUGAAAAUUCGGGAUUGGAUGAAAGCGAAACAUUGAAGAAAGAUGAUAGAUUUGUGGAUAAAGAGGAGCCAAACGAGCAAUUCUUUACUCCUCAAGAAGGAACUGAGGCAUAUAAGUUCUUCGAGAAGGUUGUAAAUGCAGCUCAGACCUGGUUCAGUCUCUUCGGCUGGCCUGAGGGACCCCAUUCUCUUUCUAUCCCAGAGUCUGCAAGAAGGGAUGUAUAUAAAAUACAGUUCUACACAUCAGCCUCAUCAACCAAAAAAAUUUCCCAACAUAGUGACUUUUCCAAAUACAAUAAGACCAUUUAUGAUGUGCUGAUCCAUUUGUGUGGAAAAAUCCCACCUGGAAUUAACUCAAGUCAGUCAUUACCUAUGGAUUAUAAAGAACGUGUACUUCAGCUUCAUUGGCAACAUUCCUCACUUUUGGACUUUCUAAGUGCCCAAGGCGGAUGUGUUUCCCAUGUACUUCCUGAAUUUCUACUCGAACCAGAAGACUUUAAGAAAUGGAGUGAAAUUACAUGUUCCAAUAGUUCUGUACCAGCGAGUUCCAAAAAAACUAUGGAGAAAUGUUCCGUGGCUGCAGAAAUGGCUGACUUUGAAGCCCGGAGUAAACGGGCAUGGACAGAUGUAUUUCUUCAGAUAUAUAAGAUUCUGAUUCUAUCCCGGGUUGUACCAUAUGGCAACAGUAGUAUGCCUCCAAGAUCUAUGCUAACUUCACCAAAAAUCAAUCCUUGUUUUGUAUCCAGCAAUAUAUAUUCGAAUUCUGAAAGAAUUCUACUUAGUUGGUUAAACACAAAUUAUGAGAAUACUCGUCACAUUAUAUGGAAAAAUUGUCACAGAGACAUUAUUCCCUCUGAGAAAUGGAUAGUAAAUUUUGACACAGACCUUUCAGAUGGCAUUGUUUUGGCAACACAGCUGGGUGCCUACUGUCCAUUUUUGAUUGAGACUCAUUUUAUAAAUAUGUACACAAGACCACACUGUCCAGAACAGUAUCUACAUAAUGGCCUUGUUGUUUUAAAUGCUUUCCGUGAAAUUGGCUUCGACAUGAACAUAGAGGCCACUGACAUCUGUGACCCGAACCCAAUCAUGAUGCUUAUGCUUUGCGUCUACAUGUAUGAAAGGCUGCCCACAUACCUGCCCAAAAAGGUGGUGCCCUUUAAUUGCACUCUACAUGACACCGUGGUGAGACAGAUUUUACUAAAAAAUUCAAGCUCGAGAAACAUAGUGUAUAAUGCUAUAAUUGUUGGAAGAGAUGCUACUGACUUCUCCCUCUCCCAAUCAGGGAAUGUUGUAACAAUUGCUCCCAAAAGCCAAGUUAAUCUCAGUCUGAAAUUCACCAGUCGUUUUCUUCACCCUGCUGAGGCUUCGCUGAUAUUAAUUUCAAAAACUAAGAAUGCAUUCGGAGGAACUGCUAUGACUUUUGCCCUGAAGGGUGAAGUUGUUGAUUUCAAAGCCAUUGAAAUUAUAAAAUGCACAUCUCCAUGUUAUCAAUGGAAAGAAUUCACUGUGAAUGUGAAAAACCACUUUGAAAUUGAUGGAAACUUUAGGGUCAUUUUGGUGGAAUCUCCAACGUUUUUGUCAUUACCAUCACAAUUAAGGGAUUCUGAACAAUAUAUGGAGCAUGAAACUUAUAAAAUCAUAUGCCAACAAUCUCUAUGUAAUGUUUUGCUAGCAAUUAAGUCCAAUUUCAUCAGAGAGUUCUUCUGCUCCUCGCACAAUAUUUAUCUGGAAACGAAUGAAACUUCAAUCUUGGAGAUGUUUUUUCUUCCUUUUAACAUCCAUGUGCGCUAUUGUGUCAUCAUCUUAAGCAAUAGAAAGAUUGGAGAAUUAAUAUAUGCUGUGGAAGGAAAAGGAAUGAUUCCUUUACCAUCUAGCUUUUUCCCGAAAGAACCAUCUUCAAGUUCAGUUGACUACAAUACUACUCCAGAUGAAGGUAGAGGAUACAUGUAUCCAGUUCUGUAUUUGAAAUGUGAUAUCCGUCAAAUCUUGGAUGUGGAACUUAAAUUUCCGCUAACAAAUGAAGCUAAGGAAAAGGCUUUGGCGUUUGCUGCACAGCAGCAGAUGUCAGAUAUUGAGUAUGAACGAAGGUUGAUCACAGGCACUCUGGAGAGCAGUAGUGUCCGUGUGGCCAUUGCACUUCUUGGGCUGAGCAGGAUUGAGUCGCUUAUGCUCUUUAAUACCUCCAAGAUGAAGAAGCCUAAGUCUAUUUCAUACACUACUGAAGUAAGUCUUCCGGAACACUUCAACAUUCCCAAGAAAAUUUACAUCCCUCAGGUUCAAGAACCACAAUCUAAGUUGACUAAAUCUCAAGGAACUAAAACUGCAAAAUACUCAGAUGGAUUUGUUCCAGUUCCGCUGAGAUUUGCUCCGCUUACCCCUGGACGCUACCCAUGUAAAAUUUUAAUGACAUCGAAGUAUGAUGUGCGUGUCUAUCAGAUUGAAGGUGUGGUGAAUGAAGAACAUCCAGAGGCCUCAUUCGAAUUUGAAACACCAGCGUUUGAAUGCCUUACCCAGAAUAUUCCAAUAGAAAAUAAAACAAAGAAGGAAUGGAAAUGUCGUGUUACUAUCGAGGGGGAAUGGUUUUAUGGACCACUGAUUUUGUGUGUUGGGCCAGGUGAAACAGCGCAGUAUCCUCUCACAUUCAAACCUAUUUUUGAAUGCGAGGUUGUGGGUAAGCUCCUUCUCCAGAAUGAAGUAGACGGCAUGGAGCAUGUGUUUGAUAUAAAAGGGAUUGGAACAAAGCCCCUGGCUUUGGAACACAUAAUAGUGGAAUGCAAGGUCGGAGAAACAACAAAUAAACCCAUAAUGGUGCCUAAUCAUACAAAUACCAUCCUAAAGUUUGAGGUAACUUCAAAUCUCCCAAUAGUGUGGGGAAAUCCACACAUAACCGUAGAUCCUGAUAAUAUAGUUCCAUAUAUUCUACAUGUGUGCCCUUGGAAGCGUGGCGUAAUGAAAGGGGCAAUUUCCUUUUCCGUUAAAAGCAACCAAGAUGAUGAUUUUCAGGAAGAGAAAAAUCGAAAAAUCUCCUUUCAGAAAUCACUAAGAGAACUAGCGAAUGAUUUUAAUGAUGAAGAUUCAGAUGAUGGUACUGGAAAUUUAAAAGUCUGGUAUUCUCUUGAAAUCCAGAGCUCUCCUGGACCACCCAUUAACAUUAUUGAGAUGGAGUGUGUGGCUUUGGAGACCAUUUGCCUUGAAAUACCGCUGUCCAAUCCAAAAAAUGAAGUUAUGCACUUAGAGCCACAAUUUACGUGUGAAGAACUUAGUGGAUACCAGGAAGUUACAUUGAGGCCAUAUGAACGGAUUAGUUAUGUCAUAAGAUAUUCUCCGGCAACUACGGGCUACAAAAAUGAAAGUAUCAUUUUUCAGCCUGACAAAGAUGAAGAAUUCUGGUAUUUACUCAAAUUAGCUGUUGAUGUACCAAAACCAAUCAUAUUGCCAGAAUUGAAGUGUGACCUUGGAAAGUACGUUUCUCAGAUCAUUCCUUUGGUCAAUCCUUCACACGAAACAUUAGAAUUGCAAGAAACAAACGACAAUCCUGAAAAUUUUGUCAUGGAUUCUAAAAUACCAUCACCUCUAAUUAUAACUCCUCACUCCACCAAGGAGUUAACUAUUCGCUUUUAUCCUUCUAUGCUUGGAAGAGCCGAUCAUCAAGCUUGUAUCAACUUCCAAUGCUCUCAGUUUAAAGAGUGGAAAUUCUACCUCUCUGGAAUAGGACUGUUCCCUAAACCUCUAAAAACAGAAAGAAUAACUGCAUCCCUUGAACUUCAUUCAUCUAUUGUUUUACCUUUCAAAAAUCCUACCAAGGAAAAUGUUUUCAUCGACGUCUUACUAACAAGUCAACAGCGUCCCAGACAUCUUGUUAUUGACGAUUGCUGGGAUAGUUUUAUGGACGAAACAUCUGCCUUCCGAUUGAGUGCUAUGAAUCAAAUACAAGGAUUUGAAUUGCCUCCCAAUGGAAAUGUAGAAAUUCCAGUGUUAUUUAUGCCCCAAAUGAUGAAACUGCACAAAACAAUCACUAUUAUUCAAAUGAGGAGAGCAAACAGAAAAAAUUGGCCUAUUGACAAUUUUGAUGAAUUGGAUAUAGACAUGCAAAGGACUCUUGGAGUAGAGAAUGCAGAAAUCCGAGCAAUAUACUGGAUGCACCCCAUUCUCGGCAUCCCACAGGCUCCAUUUCCUAGAUGUCCUCAAGGUGUCAUAAAAUGUCAGUCCAGGAAGCGAGUAGAAGAGACUGUGGAAGUCACUCUGUAUGGUGAUUUUUUUGGAAAAAAUCCUGGUGCAGAUCUGACAGAAUUUUCAGUGAAUCCAAAAAGAUAUAAAUAUAAAUCUUAUGAUGGUAUUCGUGAACUCCCUAAAAGACGUGAAUUUGAGUAUGAAAUUGAGUUUGAAUCUGAAAUUAUGAAGGCUAGCUUGGAAUCCUGUAUUGCUUUAUAUCUGAUCAAAAAAACUUAUAAUGUUAUGGAAGAAGCGAUAACAAUGAUUUUCAAUGUAAUAUUUACACCAAUGAAACCACUGAGGUCUCAAAUUAUACUGAAGAUAGAGUGUAUAAAAGAUGGCAUCUGGAAAUUUCCCAUAAUGUUGGUUGCAACUGAACCUGAUAUAGAUGACGUCAUCGACAUUGAAGGCAUUGGCUUAUUUAAGGAAUCUGUUGUUGACUUUAGGUUAACAAGUCAUACUGGACACUCUGAACCAUUCACUGCAUACUUCCUACCUGGCAGUGAUCCAGAGUUUUUCGUAAGACCUCAAACUGGAGAACUUCUUCCUUUUCACACCAAAGGAACUCUCAUCACUGUAGGAUUUAAACCCCAAAUGUACAGCAAAACAUACAAGGCAACAUUAGUGGUACAGACAGCAGAUAUGUACUGGAUGUAUAAGAUCAAUGGAUUACCUCAAGGAUCUAUGCCAGUAAUGAAUGUUAAACCCAAAGUUGAUACUAUUAACAGAAAGCAUGACCCUAAGCCACCUCGUCAACGCAAUUUUAUCAAAGAAAAUGCUAAAUUCCUAAGGUCAGGAGCGUCUUCUACCACCAAAGGUGAUAAUUCUACUAUGAAAAAAUAA